AUGGGGGUGACAGCUGAUGUGAAGCAGUCGCACGAAACGAUGCUCACAUCCGCUGUGACGGUGCAGCAACCUUACUUUGGUUGGUCGGCCACUCCGACCAUCUGGUCAGCUCUGGAGGUUUCCUCAUACGCGUCCUGCCCCAGCGGCGUGCACUGCAGCUGGUCUGUGGACGUGGCGACGCUCAGACUUUUAGAGCUCGUGCUGGAGGGCCACAUGGCAGGAUGCCUGGUCGAUCUCCGUUCCCUGGCGCGCUGGCACCUGGGGCAGGACUCUAUUCAGAUCACUUGUCACAUGGACGCGAUGGAGCACACGGCCAUGCUUGCCUGCCCUUGGAUCGACUACAAGUGGGAGUUGUCUUACGUUUUAGGACAGAUUGUUUGGAUGCCCGCGUUUGCUUUCUGGAGUGUUUUGCUGUUCCUUGCGGAAUUCCGUGCCACGUACUUCACGGCGCCACCUCGUGCGCGUCGGAUAGUUAGACCCCGGUGCUUCACAGAGUUGGCAGCGGCCUCGUGCCUGCGAUCACAUCUGUUUGAUCUGGUUCGCGUAGACUCGGAGAUCAGUGCAACCAGCGCCUGCUACGUGAGUCCGUCGCGUUCCGCCGCCCCCAUCGUGGCACCGCGCGUGGUGAUCCUGCGGUCAACCGAUCUGUGGGUGUGCGUGUUCGGCCUGGGCGGCAACGGUGGCCCCGACGCGGGGCCCGCCGUCGAGGGGCCCCUGCGCGCCGCCCACCUCGCCCUCGGCUCCUGGCCGGGGGACUGCAGCGUGGGAGGCCAGCUGUGGCGCGUCUUGAGGAGCAGGGACUUCAACGACGUCAUCGUCCGGGAAACGCAGGACCACCGCGGAAGCGCCGCAUCAUGCCCGGCGAGGUCUGCAUGCAGCGUGGGCAGACCGUUGCGCUGUCGACCGGGCUCGUGCGCAUGCCCGUGCUGCCGGACGGAUGGGUCACCCUCCACGCCCGCUUCGUGGGCGGGCCCACCUUCUUCGAGGAGAGACGACCAUGACCCAGGACUCCAUGCCCGGGGCCAUCAACGAGGAGGACUUCGCCAGGGCCGCGGAGAAGAAGGCGCGCGAGGAGGCCUCGGCGGACAGAGCACCCGCAGAGAAGGCGCCGAGGCCAGAGCGCCGGCCUUGAGCGCGAAGGACGCGGAGACCUUCGGCGACGCGGCGGACGCCCCCGGGCCCUGGGCGAAGCAGGCCGACGCCCCCGGCAAGGGCGGCGACGCGCCGUCGGCCCCGGCGGCCGGCAGGGCGUCGGAGAGGGCGCCGGAGAGGGAGAAGGAGAAGAAGAAGCGCAGCAAGGCCGAGCCCUCCGGCCCGAGCUACGGCCGGUCCUGGCUGCUCUCGGCGCAGGACGCGCUCCGGAAGGCCAGCCGGCUGGAGACUCCGGACCCCGGCAUGGCGGGGUUCCGCACGCUGUACUUCCCCCCGCCGGCCAAGGAGCGGGACCGGGACCGAGACCGGCGGCGCGAGCGGCGCGCCGAGCGUGCCGCCGCCGCCCAGGGAGAGCCAGACGAGGUGGACCAAGCCCCGAAGGAGGACAAGGACCGCGAGCGGCGCCGAGACCGGCGCGACAAGGCGGAGGGAGAAGCGGAGGAGACCGCGCGAGCGCCCGCGCCGCCGCGACCGGCAGCGCCGCCGGGAGCGCGAGGCGGAGGACCGACGCGGGCCGCGGAGAUGGCGGAGCGGCAGGAGGCCCCCGAGCACGGCGGGGCCAGAUCCGGCGACGAGCCGGUCGCGGCGGCGGGGGGUGCCUCCGCGUCGAGCCCCGCGGCAGUCUUCGCCGCCUCGCCAGCGACAAGGUCGAAAGCGAUUGCGCCACACAAGGAGCUCACUAGCAGCAAAAACUACGACCUGCUCGAUGCAGAGACAAUAUCAGCUUUGCACGGCACCUUGGAAAUCGGCGGUUUCAAACGAAGGGCGGGCGCCCGUGAGAAAUGGGCCAAAGCCCGCAACUGCCUCGUUAGGGGGCGACCGACUCUUCUCAUGAUUACGGACUGGCAUCGGCUCGUUAAGGCAGAUUGUUGCGACUUCGACGCCUCUCACUUGAACGUUGUCGAAGUGGCGGACAACAGUCCAAGUGAGCUCGUUCAAUCAUGGGGCGACGCCAUCUUUGGCAUGGAUUGCGCGCCCGCCGGGAACAUGAUUGAGCCCUUCUUUUGGUCGCAACUUGAACGCCGUCGAGACGCGGGGGCCGACGCGGGCGCGCGCUGCCGCGCGUUGCGGAAUGGCCCGGACAAAGCUCACGCAACGGUUGAGUUCAACGAGGAACUUGUUCGGCCCGUGGGGGCGGGUGCCCUGGAAGUCGGCGGCAACUGCGCCUCUGCCCGCUCGAACAGGUCGGGCGCGCAAGCGGCGCAGUCCAGCUCGGCCAUCGCGGGGAGACUCGGUGCCAGGGUAGUCCGGCUGGGUUUCGCCACGGGGGCCGUUGUGGCCCGUUCUACGGAUGCGACCGCAAAGGUGCCCGCGGGGCUGAACAAUUUCCAAGGAUCGCGCUUCGAGCCCAUCGGUUACGAGGGCCUCGACGGGGGCGAGCGCGCCCGGGCGCAUCAACCGGACAGGGGCGCGACCCUUCCGACCAGCCAUGGCUCCGCGGUCGCCGCGCAGACGGUCCGCAUGACCAUUGGCGAGCUGCUGAUAGACGGCGAGGUAGACCCAGUUUUCCAGGAUAUCGCGCCACCGGACUAUCACGUCCUAGACGCCGGGUCUGACGCCAACGCAGGACCCGCCGGCGCCGCGGCGGCAGCGGGCGCCGCGGAGCCGCCGCCCGCGGCCGGCGGCGCGGGCCGCGGGGCGCAGGGCGCCGAGGCCGCCGCGGCCGGGGCGCCGAGGCCGCCGCGGCCUCUCUGCCCGGCCGGCAGCGAUCCGCGGAGUCCUGGCGACCCGGCGGCUCUGCGCCGCUGCGCUCCCGCGGAGUCCUUCAGCAUUCUUGCGAUGCUCAAUUCGAUGCGCCGAGGCGCAGGCAGAGACGAACAUUUCGUGGAGCACGGCGCGAAGCUUGUAACUCUGCCUUGGAACUAUGCGGAGUCCAGAGACGCAGCGGCCUGCACCCUCUAUUUGAACUCUUGGCAGCAGCCUCCAGCUGGCAAUUCACUUCCGCCCAAGGAAUGUUUGAACACCCAGGAGAUGCGCAUGACCCACCGCAACUCGCAAGACAUGUCGGCUGUCAAGCCCAAAUCGAACAGACAGCUGACCAUCAACGACGAGGAGAUCGACAUGCCCGAUCCAGGCCACAAGGUCAUUCAAGCAGGCGCGGUUGCGGUUCGGUCUCUAACGCGCGAGCUGGCAAAGCAGCGCGUCGACGUCAGCGCUAACCUCGAGCUGCUCUGCACAAUAGCUUCGACGACACCGCCGGGAGGGCUAGCGGCAUUAGCGAUCAGUCCGCCUGCUAAAAAGCCUCUGGGUGUGCGUGACAACGCCAUCGGUGCUUGGUGUGACAGCGAUGAGGAAUAUGACGCCUGGAACGAUAACCGCUUCGUCGUGGAGCCUGGCGCGCGGACGUGCACGUUCACCCGGAAGCGUAACCGCGAGGAGGAGUUCGCGCGCAUCGGCGCGGGCAAUGCUCCAGCCGCCGAGUGCUCCUGGGCCAGCGAUUUGUGGGUCUCGCCGUGUGCGCUGGCGAUCUCGACCACUGCCAACGCCUGCCUCUCGCAGACCGACGUCUGGGGGGCGCCCGUCCCGCUCGGCGCCGCGGUCUUCGCGGUGGCCGUGAGCUUCUUGCUGGGGAUCCUGGUUGUGCCGGCGGCGGUGCAGGCGACCAUCUGCACGUGCCUCGUGCCCGUGCGCGUGAUCCUGUGGGGGUUCACCAAGUCGGAGGUGAGGCCGCAGACCGAGCAGUGCGCCGUGAGGGCUCGGUACAUAGCAUUGACGCCCGACGAGGAUAUGUACGAGGAGGAGAUCGACACCCGGCCUGUGGUGGACUUCAAGCAGGCUGGGCCUAGGGGCGGCUUGCCGGCGGGCCUUGGAGCAGCGAAGGGCCAUCCGGUGUACCGCUUCACGGAGAAGCCGAAGGGCGCGGCGCUCCAGGCCUGGUUCGACGCGGCGGAGGGCGACGUGAAGCUGGGCAAGGUCUACUCGUUGCCCGACUCGCUGGAGACGCCCUCCGAGGACUUCGUGGCGCUCGGCAGGUACGGGCGUAUACGACCUGGGCGGGCGCGGCAGCUCGGCGGUCAUGGUCAGGCUGGCGACGAGCGGGGCCGCGAGCGAGGCGCAGCGGGCUUUCGCGGCGGAGCAGGCGCCCGCCGCGCUUGUGGGGGGGGCCCCACUCCGCCCGCGCCGCCGGAGGAUGCGCGCACGCUGGCGAUCAGGCGCGACACGGCCGGCCGCCGGCUUCGCGACCUCAACGGCGUGGCGGAGACGGCCGAUAAUAUUGAGUUCGAGGAUUGGGUGUUGUCCAGGCCCCGCACCGCGCUGUCCGUGGUCACGGAGAUUUCCAAGCAGAGCGGGGGCCCCGUCCAGCGCCGCACGAUUUGGAAACCUGAGAACGAGCAAAACGACGAGGAGCACAUUGUGGUCGCCCACGAGAUGCUUUCGGAGAUUUUGGCGCUGGCCUGCACUUACGACCAGAUGGACGUGUCGAACCUUGCGAGCAUGGAGGCGCUGGCGAGGCACAUGCAGUUCAUUGAGCACAAGAAGAAGCAGGAUACGGUCAAGGACUUCGAUUCCCAGGGCUACUACCUUGGGCGCGCAAGGAGUGCGGGCGGCGCCAUCGCGAGCCCCGAGUUGCUGAAGUGGGUGGCGGGGAUUGGCCGCGGGUCUGCUGUUGGCCGCCGCGCGAACGACUGCGUCGCCGCGCUGAACAACCUUCGCAGGGAGGUCGACUUUUGCUCGAAGGCCCGGCCUUCGGAGGCACCAUUUUCCGCUGUGGACAUGCUCUGGCAGGCCGUGUCUGAAGACAAACCGCCGGGCGACGCCCCCAGCCCCGAGGCAGCCCUUGUGGAUCUGCUCGGCUCGGGCAGUUUGGGCGAUGGCCCCGACGGCCCCGCUGUGGUGCGCCGGGAUAAGACAUUGCAAUCCGACAAAGAUGAGCACGCGCAGUUCUUGCAGGACCUGCUGGGCCGUGGCGUGGUGGAGCUGCGCGCUCAUCGCGAUUUUGAAGUGGGAGUCUUUUUCGCCUGGGAGAAGUCGGGCCGUCUGAACCAGGACGUCGCGGACUGCUUCUAUCAGUUCAGGGUGCCGGACUACAUGGCGUCGCGGUUCGGCGCGCGCCCGCUCAGGGCCCGCCAGCUGGGCGCGAAGGAGGUGGGCGGCCAUGCGCUCGCAGACGGGGCGUGGGUUUACCCUUGCCUGAGGGCGCUUCCCAUGGGCUUCUCGUGGGCCACGAGGUGGACGUUGCAGGCCCACCGGGAGCUGCUCCGUCGCGGAGGCCUCGGCGGCGUCGAGGGCGAACUUAUCGACCAGCAGAUCGCGCCCAGCGUGAAGUCGCUCCAGGUCGAGGAGAGCAAGACGAACAUGGAGGCGCUGGUCCUGGAGCUGGAUGUCAUCAUGCUGCGGGCCCGGCUGGCGCGUGCGAAGCGCUGGCGGCUGGGGCCCGAGGCCCAGGCGCUGCUGCGGCGGCGGCGAGUGGCCAGCAGAGAGGUCGAGCAUAUGAUCGGCCAUUUCACGCACGCCAUGCUGCUGAACCGCCCGGCCUUGAGCGUCUUCCGCUCGGCCUACGACUUCGCGAGGAUGCACUGCCGGGCGCCCGUGCCGCUCUGGCCGUCUGCGCGGCAGGAGCUCGCCCACGCGCUCCACCUGCUGCCGCUGCUCACCGCGCAGUUCGACACGCUGCGGUCCGAGCGGGUCACUUGCGCGGGCGCCACGCUCCGGGGCUACGCGGUGCAGGGGGCCGACGCAGAGCUCGCGGGGUGCCAGGUGCGCUCGCCCAUCACAAACGCCCGGGACCUCCUCUACGGGUUCCUGAAGGCCUCGAGGGCGUCCCUCGUCAUCGUGGGCUACGUGGCUUACUUUUGGUCGAGGGGGUUCAUCAAUGGGGCCGCUUGGAAGACGAUCCAUGCGAGGAGAUGCCAUGGGAAGGAGGCGAUGCACCUCGAGGACCUCAGGGCCGUGUUACUCGGAUGGAGGCGGAAGUGUCGUCAGGCUGGGCACCGCCGUCACCGCCAUCUGUUCUUGUGUGACAAUAUGGGCAUGGUGUUGAGCGGUGCUGCGGAGGAGCGGCCUUUUGCCCGAGGGCCGGGGGCGCCUGCCGCGCCCGCGGCCUGCGCCGGCCCCGUCGGCCAGAGCGGCGGUGGGCCCGGCACCCUCGAUCGAGCGGCAGCUGGGUUCAUCGACGAGGAGAGGCUGGUCGGGACUGGUGGGCGCACGACGCUGGAGCAGGAGAGCAUCGCGCUGAAGACGAGGCAGGGCUACGAGAGGAGGCUGGCGCGGUUCGACGACUUCUGCAGGACCCACGGGCUCGAGACGGUGAGCGACGCCGAGCUGGAGAAGGCGAUCGCGGAGUACAUGGACCUCGAGUUCAGCAGGGGCGAGCCGUCGAACAGCGGGGCCAAGUUGCUGGCCGCCAUCGGGCAUCGCGACCCAAGGCUACACCACGCAGGGAGGCUGCUGAAGCUGCCCAGCGGCGGACCACGCGGCGCCCGCGCAGCCCGGGGCUGGAGGCGAUUACCGCUCCGCGUCGCUGGUGCUAAGGCCCGAGAGGAGGAGCUGCAGGCGACCAAGACCAAGGGCUUCAACGACUCGAUCCCGCUCGUCGGCCCGUCAAGGUCGCACCUGGGGCCAUUGCUGGAGCAGGUUGCGCACCAGUCGCAGCCGAUGGAGCGCCUCUUUCCGUGGUCGGGCGCGGCCUUUAAUGCCAUGUUCAAGGAGGCGGCCGCCCUGGUCGGUCUCGCGAGCUGGGAGCUAACGCCCUGCGUCUUUCGCCACUCCGGGCCGUCGCACGACUGGCUCACCAAGGCGAGGGGCCUGGGGGCCAUCAAGCGCCGGGGGCGCUGGGCUUCCGACCUCAGCGGAAGGCGCUACGAGAUGGGCUCCAGGGUGAUGCGCCGCCUGGCCCACCUGGACCGCGGCCGACACCUGCUGCUGGCCGAGGCCGACUGGCUCCUAGAGGGGGCGCUGCAGAACGGGCGCACUGGCAACUUCGCGCGCGUGCUCCGGGACGUGGGCCUCGAGCGAGACCUGGGACAUCAGAAAUAA